AUCUCUCCGCAUGUGCCAGUGUCGCCUUUCGUCUACCGCUCCCAGCACGUUCCGCUUGUUCUUUGGCUGCCAGAAACCAAACCUGCACGCGGUCGUUUGACGCAGCAACCAUAUUUGACCAUGCGUGAUCCUCGCCGGCGACGGUAACAAUACGACUGGCCGUCACCACCAUGUCGGCGCCCUCCAGCGAGGGUCGGCUUUCCACAUCGUCCAUGCCCUCGGUCACAUCCUCGCCGACGCUGAAUUCGAGAUACUCGGACGUGUACGCAGACAAUGGGGAGGGUAGCUCGUCACAACGGCCUAGCCUGGCAGGCUCAAGGCAGAACAGCGGAGGGAGAAGCCACGUGCAGGAGGAGCAGUCGCAGCAUUUUGGGGAUGCGUUGCGCGAUGAGGCGGUACGAGAGCGCGAUUUCGCGCAGCGCAAGCGGAACCGUAGGUCUGGAGGCUUUCUUCUCGACUCGGCCUUCUCCAACGGACCGCGCAGCCGACAUGCACACCAGAGCGGGAGCGGGAAGGAUGCAAAGCGCAAGCAGACAAACGAUCGAAGCGCAAACGCAGCAAGACAUGCAGCAACUGGGAUUGCGAGCGGCUCGCCUUUGUCGCGGGAGGUCAGCAUGGCUGAGGGAGUGCCUGCCCAAGCAGAUCGCCGGGUCGACUCUGUCAACACGGAGGAGCAUGCGUCCGAUGGUAUACUCGUUGCAAAGACGAGAGCCAGGCUAUCCGCGGUGCCUCCCAGUGCGCCCCAUCAAGAGCAGCCCGAUGCUACCACGCCGCGUCCCGCCUUCGAUCCGAACCAAAUCGUACACAUGGCUCUGAGCCUCAAUGAGAGUCGCCGACGCAACAUGAGUGCUGGCCAGCUGCUCACUCCACAAGCGCAUGUCACAUCUGGGCGGCGGCGCGACGGCAGCGUCAAUAGUCCUAGCACUGGCAGCGGCCACCUGCGACAAUAUCUGAACGAGCAACGGAGGGCAUCCCGAAAUAUAUCCCCUUUCGGCGACAAGUCUCCGGCGCGCCAUAUGUCCAUGUCAGCGCAACGCAGAGGGUCGGUCUUGAUACAGGGACAGCAAGGCAAAGAGCCGAGCCCGGCCACCUGGCAGCGUGUGGACAAGGCUCGCGCCUUCAUUGAGCUGAGGGUAGAAUACCUGAGGCUCCUUGAAUUCCUCCCUCCGCUCAAGCCUGACUCCUCUGCGCCUGGAAACUUCGUCGUCAUGGCAAACAAUGUCCCUGGCAGUCCACAUGCGCAAUUGACACGGAUUCCGUCUCAUGCGAACAAGCACCAUGACCUUGGUCGACCUUACAACCCUCUACAGGUCUUGCGUAACCGCCGGAGCCGAGCACGCGAAAGGAAGAGCUUCGACCACCCCCCGGAAGAGUUUGCGGAUGUGGAACAGGUUCACAAAUGGGUCGACAGGGUAGAGGAAGCGGCACAAUCAUUCAUGUACCGCCAGCUCGACAGAGUGGCCUUGCCCAGACUUCAUGAAAGCCACGCGACAGCCGCAGACCAUGCAAAACCCGCUAGACCAAGCAAAAUCUGGAUGUUCUCGUCCGAGGAGCUGCUUGCAGAUGCGCAUUGGCUUGAACAUAGUGAUAAUAAGACAAUCGUGGAGGAUCGCUACGGACGCAAAAUCUUCCCCGCAAAGGAACCGCAAAAGCAAGACCUCCUAUCAGCCCGUCCCAGCAAAGAGUAUCCCGACAAACGCAGAAGGAGCUGGGUCGAGGGCAUAGUAGCAGACAACCACAAUACUACCGGAGAUGAAAGCGAGGCUUUGAGCGAGCGUGGCCGCAAGCGAAGGCUACUGCCAACGUUCCGUGCGGAGAGCCCCAAAUAUAAAAAGCAUAACUGGAUCGGUUCGAGACAGCAGGCUGGGAGCAAUACGGACUCUUCUGAUUCCGAGUCUGAUCUGGAGAAACGCCGCUCGAAGAAGACCCAGAAGAUGGUAGAAGGAGACAACGAGACUGGUGCACUAAAACUUAGGAUGAAACAUCUCAUGGAGACAGAAGUCAAAGAGACGCAGCGGGCGGAAACCCCUCUGUUGUUCACUCCCGACACUCCAAACAAAUGGGGCCAAGGGACGACUGACGGUCAUGAUGAGAAGGGUGUACGAAGCUCAUUUGAAGUGUCAGAUUCUGCAAAUGGGUCUGUCAAGGCCAACCUGGCUGGGCCCAAGCUCCCCCCCAAGCAGCGUAACGAUCCUGAGUUGUCGAAAGACCCAUCGAAAGAAUACAGAUCGUCGUUCGAAGAGUUCGAUAGCACGGCACCAAGCACCCCGCUCUACCCGAGGCACUACCCACACAUCGAUGGCGAUACUUCACCUUCGGUGAGUCGCGCGGGUUCCCACAAGAAGCCCAAGAAAAGUAAAUUGGACUUUUUACGAUCUGAAGAGACCAAAGCGAGGCACGAUCAGGAUCACCUCGUGCCAGAUUCGGCCGGCUCUGAUAAGAAGCGUAGCUCUCGCCACGCUAUCGAAGAGGCUGAAGAAGGCAAUGGUAUUAGCUCCGCGAUAUGGGCAGCUCCAGGCGCGGUCAAGAACUUCCUGGGACACCGCAAGAACGACAGUGUCAACAGUCUGACGAGCCCGAUCAAAGACAAAGAUCGAAAAGACGCCAAGGAACCGCCGUCUGCUGUCACGAGGUUCAUCAAAGGCGUAAAGAACGAGAGCUCAAAGAUGGGAGGCUUUAUAUUCCGCAAAGAGGGACCAGCAGACGAAUCAGAUACUGAUGCAGCAUCUGACGGCCACCUUGCCCUCGAAUCAGAAACAGACGAAGAUUACGGCUCGCUCCGCCGUAGAAAAACUCCCAAGCUCGCGCGAAGCAGCACUGCCGAGACUGCGGGUAGCGUCACGUCCAAGACGUCAAAGAAGGCCACUGGCUAUCAUCUCGAACUCCCUUCCUUCCGUCCUCAAUCCAAGAUCGACGAAGACAGCGCUUCGGAGCUCUCCGACAACCACAUCAGCCGCCAGUCCCGCGAAACAGCAAAGAACCGCUCUCCCCGCUUCGACAAGUUAGCUCCUCCCGGCCUCGAUCUCUCCCGCAUAUCCUCCUCCUCGUCCCGCUCCGCAAGCCAAGACCGCAUCAACCGGCUCCUCGCCCGUCCCGGCGGCGUCGGCCACGCAGGCCUCCCCGUAACCUCCCUCGCAAAAGAUCGCCUGCGCUCCUCCAGCGCAGACGCCAGCCCCAAGCGCAGACCCUCCCGCCCCACCCUCGAAGGCAGGCGCCACUGGAGCAUCACCGACUCCCAGAAGGACCUGUCCCGAUCUAAGAGCAGCGACACCAUCGAGGUCACACCUUCGGAAAUCGCCCGGGUCCGCGCCCUCUACCUCUGCUCCGGCAUCAAAGCCAAGGAGAUAAACCGCCGCGCCCUCGAAAUCCGCAACCCGCCUGCCAGCUUCCUCGUCCGCGCUGCCGCCUCCGCGCACAGGGACCUCUACCCCGUCGCGCGCAAGGAAGAACACGUACUCGCCGCGCGCAUCCUCACGACCGCCUUCGAAUCCCGCAUCAGCGCCCUGCAAAGCCUCGCCCGCAGCUUCCGCGAAGACACAGUCGUCGACCUGCAGUCUCGCAUCGCAGACCUCAAAAGCAACGUCGAGACCUCGCUCUUCGCGCGCGUCCGGGAAGGCGGGGAUGACGCGCUCAAGGUGUCGAGCCAGGUGUCUGCCGACGCGCCGCUCGCCGUCAAGCAGAUCACAGACGACAUCGAGCACAUGGUGCGCAUGCGGCGGCGGCGCACGCGCUGGGUGCGCAGGGUUGGGUGGACGCUGCUCGAGUGGGCGCUGCUGGGCUUCAUGUGGUGCGCGUGGCUGGUCGUAACGCUGAGCCGCGUGGGCACGCGCAGCGUUGCCUUCUUCUGGCGCAUCGUCAAGUGGUUGCUUUGGCUGUAGGAUGCCGCAGGUCUUUAUCUUUGGGUGGUAUGAAUACAUGCAUUUUAGAGUUUGGAUGGGUUUUCCGUUGCGCUACGUGGAAGGUUGCUAUUGAAUGAAAAGAUGGGACGGCGUUGCUGCUUCUGAUACCAUUUCAUGCUCUUCUGAAUGGCGGCGCACAUGUUGUACGAGACGGGGCUGCAUAGCAUUGCUCUUCAUUGUCAUGUUCGUAUACAAGAUUAUAAUGUGUAGUAAUAGAACGAUUCGUAC